AUGUCAGACUGGCAGCAUGUGCCGACAGACCCUCCUCCGCCGUACAGCGCUGAUGUGCCUUCCCCGGCCGCUCGACAGCGAUAUCGCACAGACCCCCGGCUCACUCCUCGACAUCGCAUCGUCUCUCAUAGCCGAGGGAUCCCCUUCGAAGUCUUGACGCUGUUGUGUCGAUAUCUGACCGAGAGAUGUCCUUCCCUCCUGGUGUGCCUCUCUCUGACAUGCAAAAGGAUAUAUCAAGUAGUCCUCCCACAUCUGUACCACACCAUACGCAUCGAUCGCAGUUCGUUCCCAAAGCUACUACAUGGCGUCCACCUUCCCAGCCCGCCUAACCUGCUCUCAUUCCGACUGGAUGGUACUCUGCCCCCAGAAUUCAUCCCGUCAGACACUCUCAAGCGACGUACCGAGGCUUUCCGGCUCGUCGAAACGGUCGUAGUGGAAGGAUUUGUCCCUGACAUCUGGCACUCUGAGUCCGUGACCGCUCUCCAUCCCGGGACCAUCCUCUUUCCACAAGCGAAAAGCCUAUUCAUUUCAGCCGAGACUCUCAUGGCAUGUAUACAUUGGGAGAUGGUCGGUCCUACGAUAGCUACAAACACGUCUCAUCCGUUCCUUGGAGCUCUCAAGAGAAUCGUCAAGCCCGGACAUGUGGAGAUUACAAGUGGAAUAUGGGCGACAGCUUCGCUUGGCAGGCGGCUGACAAGCCAGGAUCUUGACUCAUUUGUCCGAAGCGGCAAAAAGCUUCUGAAGAGACUCUUUAAUAGCUGGAAACUGGACAAACUGGUAUUUCAUGGGUUGACCAACGAAUGGAUGAUCUGCGCAGACGACUGCAAAAGGGUGGUCUUGCACUACGUCAGCAGUGGGAGGGGCGAGGAUUUCAGCAACGACAGAGUUAGCGCGGUGCAAGGCGCGUUGGAGGAACUCAAUGGUAUGCAAGGUACCAGACUUGUCAUCGUCGGGUCAGGCGAGUCUAGACGGACUGAAGCGUCAGGUCACACGUCCACCUCGCUACAGCGAACAUCCGCCCCAAUCAAGCCGGACAUCAAAGGCAGAAUUCUACGAGCGUGUCAAGCCAGCGAGGUGAUCAGCGUUACCGACGAAGCGCUGUCACGCAUACAACAAGCUGGUCCCUCAUCCGCCAACUUGGUAUCAAGCGUGAAGGAGCGAAUAGAUUGCUACGUACCUUCCGAGAUCAACCGCCUACCGCCAGAAACCCGUCGGAUGAUCGGUUUGGGACCGAGGUGCGAUUGUUAUCGACCGAAGGAUUCGCGUUCUUAUGACCUUCGUGAGGUAAGACCGGUACUGAUACCCGAUCCUAUCGAUGAGCGCUCCAGUACUAUCAAAGGUGUCGGCAAAUUCGUGUGGGUACGGCGUGAUCAAUGA